AAGAGAUUACAAACUCCGCCUACACCGGUAGUGGGUUUAGGGGUCAGGGUUCGACUGUGUAUGUAUGUAUGUAUGUAUGUAUGUAUUUCUUUAUUUAACACAUUCUGGGUCUAUAUUAAAACCACAGUGCACUACACGCAGUUAAAACACCACCCCGUGUAGUGCCCUUGAUCUAUGGAGACAGGAGGUGUUUGGGACUGAGCAGUUUGCUGUGACGUUUCUGCGCCUGACUGAAGAAGUGAAACUAUGUGUUAAUCGAAGCCUGGAAUGUUUAGAAGCCUGGUGUUAUUUGGUGCUGCAGACUGGAAAUCAGCAGUAAUUUCCAAGAACUGGCAGAACAAGGUCGCCACACUUUCAACAAGUAGAGAACGAGAGAGGAACAGUGCAUUUGAGAAACAAACAUGUCUCGGCAAUUGCAUGCACGAAGGAUUGAAAAAGUGGAAAAGAAUGUGUGGAUUGAAUUUACACGGCUAGCUGCUGAGUAUAAGGUUGUAAACUUGGGGCAGGGAUUUCCAGACUUUUCUCCUCCCAGCUUCCUCUUGGAGUCUAUGUGCAAUGCUAUUAAAGGAGGAUCCUCCAUGCACCAGUACACACGUGCCUUUGGCCAUCCACCUCUUGUCAGGAUCCUUGCCAAAUUUUUUGGAAGGAUUUUGGGCCGUGAAAUAGAUCCCAUGCAGGAGAUAUUGGUUUCUGUUGGAGCCUAUGGGACACUUUUCUGUGCCUUUCAGGCUCUGGUUGAUGAAGGUGAUGAAGUGAUCAUUUUGGAGCCUUUCUUUGAUUGUUAUGAAUCCAUGACUUUAAUGGCAGGAGGAAAACCUGUGUACAUCCCUCUGAAGCCUCACAAGGUCACCGGCCAAUCUUUGACUAGUGCUGAUUGGGUGUUAUGUCCUGAAGAGCUAGCCAGUAAAUUUAACUCUCGUACAAAGGCCAUCGUUAUUAACAAUCCCAAUAAUCCACUAGGCAAGGUUUUUCAGAGGGAAGAGUUGCAGAUGAUAGCUGACCUGUGUAUAAAGCAUGAUGUUAUUUGCUUAAGUGAUGAGGUGUAUGAAUGGCUUACAUAUGAUGGAGCACAACACAUUAAAAUAGCCAGUCUUCCGGGUAUGUGGGAGCGUACCAUCACUGUUGGCAGUGCAGGCAAGAGCUUCAGUGCUACAGGCUGGAAGGUGGGCUGGGGAAUAGGACCUGCACACCUACUGAAACACCUGCAAACCGUCCAUCAGAACUCCUUAUACCACUGUCCCACUCUUAACCAGGAGGCUGUUGCUGUAGCAUUUCAGAGGGAAUAUGACAUGUUUGGCACUGAGGAAAGCUACUUCAAACAGCUACCCACACUGCUCCAGGCCAAACGGCUCAGACUAGCGGAGUGUCUGAAGAGCGUAGGGCUACAACCCUUUAUGCCUGAGGGUGGAUACUUUUUGAUCACAGACAUUUCUUCCCUGAAGGUUGACUUGAAGGACUCAAGCUCCAAGGAUGAAACCUAUGACUACAGAUUUGUCAAAUGGCUUAUUAAAGAGAAGCAUUUGGGAACCAUCCCAGUGUCUGCAUUUUACAGUCAAGAAAGCAGAGCAGGCUUUCAGAACUACAUUAGAUUCUGCUUUGUCAAGGAUGAUUCAACCCUCAAAGCAGCUGAAGAUAUCCUGAGACAGUGGAAAGAUCAAAAGUAAUGGUAUUAUGUGAUUCUGUCCAGAAUUUACUUUGGAAGUCAGAUUGCUCACAUGUAUGAGUUUGGAAGAAACAUUAAUUUUAAUAGAUUUUUUUUUUUUGCCCAUUAUUCCCCUUUUCCUCUGUCUGUAGAUGUGUGUGUCUAUCAGUCAGUCAUCUUUGUCAAAAAUCAGUUAACGUAGUAAACAUCAGCGCAUAUGUUGAAUCACUCCAUGACUGUAUGUAGUGUUAACAAUCAUGCAAUUGAAUUGUUGUGAAACUGUUUUAUCUGUGAAUAUAUAAUUAAUAUGAAUAAAUUACUUGUGGUUCUAUUUUCA